GAGGAUUCUAAGAAUAUGAAAAAUACGAGUAUUAUUUUUACUAUUCAUUACUACAUAAUUCCUGAUAAUAAAUCGAUUUACGAAGAGGAAAAAUACAUUAGCUUUCCGGAAUGUCCAGAAAAGCUAUUACAAUUAUCAAAUGCAAAAUCGAUGCUAAAAGGUCAUCAGUAUUAUAAGCAUCAAUCAACGAUUCAUUUGGUUACAAAUAUCAAACGAUCGCCAUGUAAGCGAACAGAGAGAGAAAAAGAGAGAGGGAGAAAGAGAGAGAGAGGAAGAGGAAGAGAGAGAGAGAUAGAGAGAUUUAGUAAGAUGACAAGAUUAGUUGUCCCAAUAUUAGAACAACAA